AUGAUUAUGAAUGCUAAAAAUAUGAAUAGGGGAUACGAGGAAUUUAGUAAUUUUUGGAAAAAUUGGUUUGAUGGUACUAAAUUCUUGAAAAAGUAUAAUCAUUUUUUGUUGAUUUUGUGUAUUGUAAAUAAAAAUGAUCCUAAAGGAGCUGAAAAUUAUUGCCGUUUUGUUGAGAGUCGUAUACGUUUAGAAUUAAUUUUUUCAAUAGAACUGAAUCAAAGGGAGAUAAAAUAUACACAUUCUACUGAUAAGGAAAAAUGUUUGCCAAACGAAAUUAAGAUAAAAUAUGGGUAAUUUUAUAUUUUGGAACAAAAUUACUAGAGACCGGAUCGAUACGAUAUAUCGAUAAAAAUAUCGAUAAUCGAUAUUUUUUGAUAUCGAUACCGAUAUUAUCGACGACACCUAAAGUAUUGUCUCUAAACAUUACUAUCCUGGAAUUUCAAAGUAGAAAAAAUUUUAGAACAGUCAGAGGUGUCGGAAAUAGGAAGUCAGAAAUCGGAAUUUUUAAGUAGAUAGUUAUUUUAAGUAGAUAAUUUUGAGAGACACUUAGUUGCGCUGUAUCUUGUUUCGUUCCGAUGGUUAUUUUGGGCGUUUUGGAGUGAUUCUU